UAUACCUCCAUUCUUACUUCUCCCAAACCUUUCUCCUCACUCUUACACCUUAAAUUCACUUCCAAUUACUGGUUGCAAUUUGUUAUUUUCAAUGUCUGCUUCAAGCACCUUGCUUGUCGAUCGUAAGCAGCUCUUUUUCCUUAUGGGAUUUUGUUCAUUGGCUAAUCUAACCCUUCUGCUACAUUGAUUAGGUGAUUCAUUGGUUUUUUUAUUGAUAAUAACUGGUUUAUAAGGAAUUCAUGGCUGAGGGGGCUGAAAUUGAGGAUCAGGUGGAUCUUGAAGAAGAUAAUUAUAUUGAAGAGAUGGAUGAUUAUGCUGAAGAUCCAAUAGAGGAAGAAGGGCAAGAAGGAGGUUCAGAUGAUAACAGUGGCAAAGGGGGGCAGUCGCAAGAAUCGGACUUGGGUGAAGCUGAUGCACAUCUUAGCUCUAAGCCUCCUGAGGAGGAUGAAGAAAAGGCUGUUGAUCAAAUUGAUGAUGAUGAAAAGGAAAAGUGUGCUAAGCUUCUUGCACUCCCUCCCCGUGGGUGUGAGGUUUUUAUUGGUGGGAUUUCUCGGGAUGUUACAGAAGGGGACUUGGAAGAUCUUUGUGAAACGAUUGGUGAUAUUUGUGAGAUACGGCUUGUGAGAAACAAGGAAACAGGUGAAAGUAAAGGUUUUGCUUUUGUUGCCUUUAAGACAAAGGAGGCUGCACAACAAGCUAUUGAAGAGUUUCAGAACAAAGAGUUUAAGGGUAGAACAAUACGAUGUUCACUAUCGGAGUCUAAACAUAGAUUAUUUGUGGGUAAUCUUCCAAAAGUUUGGAUGGAUGACGAUUUCAAGAAAGUUGUUGAAAAGACUGGUCCCGGGGCAGAGGUUAUCGAACUUAUCAAGGAUCCUUUAAACCCUUCGCGUAAUCGUGGUUUUGGUUUCGUUGAGUAUUACAACAAUGCAUGUGCUGACUAUUCUAGAUUGAAAAUGUUAAGUUCAGAUUUUAAACUUGAUGGAAACACACCAACAGUGAGUUGGGCGGAUCCAAAGAAUUCUUCUGAAAAUUCUGCUGCUGCUCAGGUUAAGUCUCUAUAUGUGAAGAACAUACCUGAGAAUACAUCCCUUGAACUACUGAAGCAAACAUUCCAGAUCCAUGGAGAAGUCAUUAAAGUUGUUAUGCCGCCUCCCAAAUUGGGCGGGAAACGUGAUUUUGGUUUUAUCCAUUAUGCAGAAAGGUUGAGUGCAUUGAAGGCUGUGAAAGAAACGGAGAAAUAUGAAAUUGAUGGCCAAACGUUAGAGGUCUGUCUUGCUAAACCUCAAGGUGAGAAGAAGUUUGAUGGGAUGGGUCAUGGCCCUGGACCCCACUCUAAUUUUAUUCCUCAUCCUGGUUAUGGUGGUUUUUCGGGAAAUCCUUAUGGAUCUGGAUAUGGUGUUGGAGGUGGAUUACAGCAGCAGCCUGUCAUCUACGGUAGAGGACCAAUGCCUGCAGGAAUGCAUAUGGUUCCCAUGCUUCUUCCAGACGGUCGAGUUGGCUAUGUUCUACAACAGCCUGGACAAAUGGCGUACCCUAGACCUCGAAGAAAUGAUCAUCGAAGCAACGGGUCAGGAGGAGGAGGAGGGUCUCAUAGUCGGGGAGGAUCUAGUAGUGGCGGUAGAAAUGAAGAUGGCAAUAGGGGAAGAAGAUAUAGGCCAUAUUAGAAUUGGGAUUAUUUUGGUUAUGGAUUGAUUAUUAUGUUGGUUUCUAUUUUGAUAGGGGAACUUUUAGUGGUGGUAGUAUUAUAACCAACCAAUUGGUGCCCUCACCAUAUAAAUCUGAACUCCAAAAGUACAAGUAAGCUGACUUGUUUUAUUUUUACAAUUGAGGAGACAAAAUUAUUGCCAUAAUAUGCUUCUUUAACUAUUCAA